CGUGUUGCUACAUCACACUACCUUCUGUCGUUUGGGGUCUGUAAGUGGAAAGUCCCUGUCAGUGGGUCUUUAAUCAGACAACAAUAGUUGGCUUUCUAACAGUGCUAGGAAAAUAUAAAUACAGACCCGCUUAACGGACUGUACGCAUUAUACUUUUAUGUGCAUCAUAAUUUAGUCGCCGCCUUAGCUGUCGAGCAUAUAAUCUUCUGCUAAUGCUAACUAGUGUUAGCAGGCUAGCUCUUUGUGUAGCUAGCUUGUCGCUGAAUGAUGUUUUGUUUUUGUUGAGCUGAACAACUCUCCCGUAGCCGGGGAGAGAACGUUUCGUGUCCGUGCAUGGAAAAGCCAAUAGUUGGUCUUGCCUAACAGCUGAACCCGUCCUGGCCCGUCGAUCACACUCCAGUAAAACAAGACCGAGUGAGAGGAGAGUUUGCAGAGGACUGAGAUGGGAAACUGCCUGAAAUCUCCAACCUCAGAUGAUAUUUCUCUGCUACACGAAUCCCAAUCGGACCGAGCCAGUUACGGAGAAGGUGUUGACCCAGAUCAAGAGCCACCGCCCCCUUAUCAGGAGCAGCUCCAUGUGCCGGUGUACCACCCCACCCCCAGCCAGGCCAGGCUGGCCACACAGCUGACGGAAGAGGAGCAGGUGCGCAUCGCCCAGCGGAUAGGCCUCAUCCAGCACCUCCCCAAAGGGGUGUACGACCCCGGGAGGGACGGCUCCGAGAAGAAGAUCAGAGAGUGCGUGAUCUGUAUGAUGGACUUUGUGUACGGGGACCCCAUCCGGUUCCUGCCCUGCAUGCACAUCUACCACGUGGAGUGCAUUGACGACUGGCUAAUGCGUUCCUUCACCUGUCCCUCUUGCAUGGAGCCCGUGGACGCCGCGCUGCUGUCCACCUACGAGACCAACUGACGCGCACAUACCCACAGACAUGUCUAUUACACACACACACACACACAGGCACACCACACAACACAACACAGAGAUAGCCGGGGGAGCACAGCACAGCGCAGAGGGGCGUCUGCUGGAAAGUCUAUGCCCUGGAUGGAGGUUAAAAUGAUGGCAAUGUAUAAAUUAUAAGUAGUGUAGUGUAGAAACAGUGCGAGGGGUGUAACCGGUGUGUGGGUGUUGGUGUGUGUGUCUGUGUGUGUGUGUCUGUGUGUGUCUGUGUGUGUGUGUGUCUGUUUGUUUGUGUGCAUGCACACACAAGUGCAAAAAGAGGAAAGAAACGAAAAAGAUGUGUACGUGAGCGGUUUAACGCGUUUCCCUUACUGCCUGCUGGGCAGGAAACUUGUGGGGAAGCAGAGGAGCGGAAAGGGGAGGUUACAAGCAGUAAGGCCUGGUUUGGGAGUAGAGGAGAGUCGGACUGGUCCACGGGCUAAGGGGAGGCUUAUGGUAGGGGGGCCUAGAGUUGAUCAUCCGUAAUUCUUACGACACACUACGUCACAUUAAAACGUCAGCCUUUCUUGAUGCACGUGUACACACACACACACACCGACACACGCACUUUUAUUUUGACUUUUUCUGUAACUGUUCACUUCCAUAAUUUGCUUUGCUGGAAGAAGGCCGGGAGGAUGGACGUCUUUGGACUCUUGCCCAUGGUUCACCUUGGGGCAGUGUGGGGCUACUCCCUAAAAAAGAUUCCAGGAUCUGCCGGAAAUUUAAGAUUUCUGCCCCCUGUGCCUAAGCCUGCUCCAGACUGAACUCUGUCGAUAGAGACUACUUUCAAUCUACAGGAGUAGGAUUGGAUGGGCAGGCAUUUUCUGCAGACAACAUAAUGGGCCUGGACUUUUCUUCUACCCACUGGCCUUGAGUUGUCUAUGUGUGGGAAAAGAAACGAUGGAUGAUUGACUUGUGAAAUCUGUUCUGUAGUAUUUCUGUCAGUCUGUGUUAGGAAAUUCCUAUUAAUCAACAACACAAAAAACGGCAAUCCCAAAACAAGGUCAAAGUAUGUUCUUUAGUCCCGUAUUGGCUACACACCGUUGGUCAAGGCACAGGCUUUUGUAGACAAGACAUUAAAUACAUUAUCCACGUGAAACGUGAGGGGUGUUUGCACAUGUAUGUAUUGGCUACAAGAGCUCCUCCUAUGCGCUUUAGUACUGUACCCGAUUUGAAAGUGUAUUGUUUCCUUGAUCGGCAUACCCAGUGAUCACAUCAUGGUCCUUUUCCUGUGAGUGAGGCACUGGGCCGAGGGACUUGACCUGGCAGCCAAUCCGGUCACACCGCCAGACUGGGUUUUGACCUUUCAUUUGAAGGAAGUGUUAAAGCGAUGUUUUGGUAGAAAGUAAGCACCAUUACUUUUAUCAGGUUUCUUUUAUAACAGCAACCUUCGGGGUACAGCGCUGGACCAGAUUAGGUGAGCCAUCUAAUUUAAUGUAUGAGUAUGUGGCAGUGGGUUGUUGGGGGGUUAAAUAUUUACAUAAAGGAGAGAUACUCAUGCUGUCGGUAGACGUCAAUCAAAUGCACACCCGGUUAACUAUGAAAGCACAAACAGUUUGUGUUCCUGUUUGAGAGCGAUUCAUAGGAUUAAAAGGUAAAGAGGGCUCUACACAGGAUUGUUCUUUCUUAAAUAUAUAUAUAUGUGUAUGUGUAUGUAUGUAUAUAUGUAUAUAUAUAUAUAUAUAUAUAUAUAUAUAUAUUAUUAGUCUUCACCCAGGUGGAGUGUCAAAGCCUUAUAGGUUAUAUUUGAACUAAUAUUGGUUGCUAAUGUAUGGAAAAUAGUGUCUAACAAAGAAAUAAAAGUGGUUAUAAUUUAGACCACUUACAAAAAAAAAGUGAAUUAAUGCAGGAAACCUGCAGUAUAAUAGCUGAGACACAAUCACUGUUCAAAUCACAUUGUGGGGAGUUGUAGUGCAACAAAUAAAAUAAAUCCAACUACUUUGUGUUAUAAAAUAUUAAUAAACAUUUAGAUUUUCUGCUUUUGUUCAGAGUUUGUUGGAUAGUUGUGGUUGGAUCCUAGCUAGCCCAACAGUUUAAUCUGCAUCUUGAAGCAAUGGUAGUGUUCGUUUGGUGUGAGUCCCCAACUGACUCCUGUGUGUGUGGUUGACAGUAUUUGUUAACAUAUUGCUGAAGGCUCUGAUUGUGUAGAAGCCUUUAUCUUCCAUGGCUCCUGAACAAUCACAAUAAAGCUGAGAUCCAGAA